AUGGAUGACAAAGGAACAAUAGCAAGGAACAAUGUUUCCGGUGAAGAAAUUGUUAUUUCUGGUAUUGCUGGCAGAUUUCCUAGUUCGGAUAAUAUGAAUCAAUUGCGAGAAAAUUUAUUCAAUAAAAUUGAUCUCGUUAGAGCAGAUCAUGAUCGAUGGGAAAAAGCUUUAGAGCAUCCGGAAUUUUCACGCCGUAUGGGUACUGUCAAUAAAGCAGAAAAAUUUGAUGCGGAUUUUUUCGGAUUAUCUUUUGAACAAGCACACACACUCUCAGGUGAAGCAAGAUUGUUAUUGGAACAUGCUUACGAAGCAAUUAUCGAUGCAGGGAUUAAUCCAACGCAAUUACAAGGAAAAAAUACUGCUGUCAUUAUAGGGAUAUCUUAUAUUGAACCGCAAGCGAAAUAUUUGUAUACAAAUGUUCAGAUAAAUGGUCAGAAUAUUAUUGGAUGCCAUAAAUCUGCGACGGCAAAUAUGAUUUCAUAUUUCUUGGACCUGAAAGGACCAUCUUGUACCAUCGAUACAGCAUGCAGUUCAAGCUUUCAUGCUAUGGCCGUUGGUUAUGAUUAUAUUAUGUCAGGAAAAUGUGAAGACGCGAUAAUUGGAACAGCAAAUUUAUGUUUUGCUCCCAUUGUAAACCUGCAAUUCACUCGACUUGGCGUCUUGUCUCCAACUGGUUAUUGCAGACCAUUUGAUAGCACUGCUAACGGUUAUGCGCGUGGCGAAACGGUGGCAGUGAUAUAUCUUCAAAAGGCGAAAAAUGCAAAGAGGAUUUAUGCCAUAUGUCCCCAUAUAAAAUUAAAUAAUGAUGGUUAUAAAGAAGAAGGAAUAACAUAUCCUUCAUCACAAAUGCAAUAUACCUUACUAAAGGAAUUUUACGAAGAGUGUAAAAUACCAACAUCUUAUUUGGAUUAUGUCGAAGCACAUGGUACUGCUACGAUAGCUGGCGAUCCUCCAGAAAUUAAUGCUAUCUAUAAUGUUUUUUGUACAAAUAGAGAAACUCCAUUAAUGAUCGGCUCUGUAAAAUCUAAUCUUGGUCAUACUGAAUCUGCGAGUGGCUUCAAUCAGAUCGCUAAGGUAAUAAUAGCAUUUGAAACCGGUUUUGUUCCACCGAAUAUCAAUUAUACAACGCCAAGGAAUGAUAUAGAUGCCUUGAUAAACGGAACAGUUCGUGUCAUCGAAAAACCAAUGCAACUUCAAAAUGGUUACGUAGGAAUUAAUAAUUUCGGUUUUGGGGGAUCCAAUGCUCACGUGUUAUUAAAAUGGAAUGAUAAACUGAAAAUAAAUAAUGGAGCACCAAAUGAUGAUUUACCUAGACUUGUUGUAUUAUCUGGACGCACUGAAGAAUCAGUGAAAUUGUUUUUAAAUGAUAUUGCUAACCAUCCAAUAGAUGUAGAAUAUAUUCGCUUAUUACACGAUAUCUAUGCAGACAAUAUAAAAAAUCAUCCAUGGAGAGGAUACAUUAUAUUGAAUUCUUUCCAACAAGAUUCAAUAAAGGAAAUUCAAAAUUGUGAAGACGUGAAGAGACCUGUUUGGUUUAUAUUUUCAGCCUUGGGUUCUCAAUGGCCAGGAAUGGGUCAAAACUUAUUAAAGUUUCAUACUUUUGCAAAAACAAUAAGAAAAUGUGAUGAUAUUUUAAAACCGUAUGAUAUAAGUGUCACAGAUAUUUUAACAAAAGCGGAUAAAUCAAUAUGCGAAAACACGUUAAAUGUUUAUCUUGGAAUCGUUGCUAUUCAGAUUGGAUUAGUAGAUCUCUUAACAUCCUUAGGAAUUACUCCUGAUUAUAUGAUUGGUCAUUCAGGCGGUGAACUUGGAUGUGCAUACGCAGAUAAAUGUCUGACCAUAGAACAAACUAUUUUAUCAGCAUACUUUAUCGGUAUAACGUGUGCCAAAGAAAGAAUAAUUCAUAGCUCAAUGGCGGUUAUCAGUUUAAGUUACGAGCAUCUUAAAAAUAUAUGUCCAUUGGAUAUUGAAAUUGUAUGCUACAACAGCAAAAAUAGCAGCAUCGUAUGUGGACCACCAGAAUCCGUACAAGAAUUUAUGAAAAAAUUAAAGGUCAAUAAUGUUUACGUGAAGGAGAUCUACUGCAAUGUACCAUAUCACAGUUCUUAUCUCGCACCAGCAAAACCUCAACUGCUGCUUAAUUUGAAUAAAAUAAUACCACAGCCAAAAAAACGGAGUUCAAAAUGGAUCAGUACUUCUAUACCUCGUACCAAAUGGUCCACUUCCACAACAAAGUUAUCAUCGGCAGACUAUCACACUCAAAGUUUAUUAAACAUUGUUCUAUUUCAACAAACUAUGGAUUUAAUUCCAAGCAACGCUGUGGUUAUUGAAAUCGCACCAGACAAUGUUUUGCAGCAUGCUUUGACAGGCUCCUUACAUCCAAAUGUAACAAAUAUUGUAUUGACUCAACAGACCAAUAAAAAUAUUGAUAUAACUUUACAAGGAAUUGGGAAGAUCUACAAUUGCGGUUUACAGCUACAAGUUGCCAAUUUAUACCCACCAGUCGAAUUUCCAGUUAGCCGAGGAACUCCUAUGAUUUCUCCAUCAAUCAGAUGGUGUCAUUCUGAAAAUUGGCUUACAUCAAGCGCAGAACAGAAGUACAUUAAAUCAAGAGGAAGGUACAUCAACAUUAUACUUGAUGAUGAAGAUUAUGAAUAUAUGAGCGGUCAUGUGAUCGAUGGAAGAAAUUUAUUACCCGCGACAGGUUAUUUAGGAUUCGUUUGGCAAAUGAUUGGCAUGAUGAAAGGAUCAAUGUACACAACAAUACCAAUAGUCUUUCGAGAUGUAAAAUUUAUUCGAGCUGCUCAUUUGUCGAAAAAUGAUGCUACAGAACUAUUUAUUGCAAUACAGAAAAAUGGACAGUUUGAAAUAACUGAUGGAGAUAGCGUUCUUGUCACAGGUACAGUGUACGAGACAGAGAAUCCAGAACAGGAAAUGAUUCCAAUAGAUUUAUUACCGGAGAAUAAUGAUGAAGAAGAAUACAUGACUGCACGAGAUAUCUAUAAAGAGUUGAAAUUGCGUGGAUAUCAGUACAGCGGCUGGUUUCGUGGAUUAAAGAGUGCCUCUAUUUCAGGAAGCCAAGGACAAAUCAUUUGGAAAAAUAAUUGGGUAACAUUCAUGGAUACUAUGUUACAGAUGUUAAUUAUCGGAUACGAUACUAGAGAUCUGUAUGUUCCUACAAGUAUUCAAAAAUUAGUGAUCAAUCCAAUGCUUCACGCAUGUAAGCUACAGAACAACGCGGAUGACGAAGAUGUUCACACAACAGAUAUUGACAAACUUUUACAGGCACGAAUAUACAAAGAGAUAAAUACGAUAAAAGCUGGUGGAGUAGAGAUUCGAGGCAUGAAAGCUACUCAGAUCUCUCGCCGAAAAUUAGAACAAGAUGCUGUUAUUGAGGAACAUACAUUUAUAGCUCAUUGUGAUCACGCUAAGAUUUCUUUAAACAAAGCAAUUCGAUUAUCAGCUCAACUUGUAUUGGAAGAUCAUCAAAUUAUCAAAGUGCGAGCUGUUGAGUUAGUGGAAGAUGUCGAUGAUGUUGAAUUAGAAUAUCUUUCAUCAUCACUGCUACUUGAGGCAUUUGGUGACAUGCCACUAAUACAAGUAAAUAUCACUCUAUUAACAUCAUCAAAUCGUUUCAGACCAGAAGAUUUACCGCAAAAUUGUUCAAUCAAAGAUAUUGAACAAUCGUCUAUAGAUGACAAAGCUUUAAUUGUUACUGGAUUCAAUCUUUUGACCAAACAACAUGCAUCGUUAGAGCGACUGUUGCCAUUUUUGGGAGAGGGAGGUUAUCUGCUGACUCGUGAGAAAUGCGACAUAAUUGAUUAUAAAAAACGUUUGCAACAAUAUGAGUUAAAUGUCAUUCUCGAAAAACGCACUGAAAAAGAAAUAAUUGUUUUAUUGAAGAAAAAAGUUUUAAUAAAAGAAAGGACUGUUGUUUACAUAAGUAAUGAUAAUUUUAAUUGGUUGGAAAAUUUAAAGUCGCUUGUAAGCGAUAAGAAAUUCGACAAGAAUAGCAGAAUUAUAAUUGUAGGAGAGGGAGACUUUGAAUGUGGUUUAUUAGGUUUUGUUAACUGUUUGAGAAAAGAGCCAGGUGGAGAACUUGUUAGAGGUGUGCUCCUUCAAGAUGAGGAAGCACCUAAAUUCUCUCUUGAAAAUCCCUUCUAUCUAGAGCAAUUACAGAAAGAUAUGACCAUUAAUGUACUGCGAUCUAAUAAAACUUGGGGAUCGUACAGACAUUUGAAAUUAUCACAACCCGAAGCUAAACUUGUACCUACCGCUCAUAUCUGUCAAAUGGUUCGUGGUGAUUUAAGUACACUUUGUUGGAUAGAAAAUAAUCUAUUAAACAUGUGUUGUCGUGAGAACUUGGUGCAUAUUGUUUACUCAUCUCUGAAUUUUAAAGAUAUAAUGUUUGCCACUGGUAAAUUAACAUUUCAUCAUGAGAUGAUUUUAGAAGGACGAUUAUUUCAAUAUCUUCCUCUUGGAAUGGAAUACGCGGGAUUCAAUGCUAACGGACAACGUAUAAUGGGAAUUCGUGAUACUAAUUGCAUAGCAAAUGUCGUUGAGAUAGAUGAAGAUCUUUGUUGGUAUAUACCCGAUGCGUGGACAUUUGAAGAGGCAAUAACGAUCCCGUGCGUUUACAGCACGGUUUAUUUAGCCUUAUACAUUUAUGGGAAAAUAAAAGAAGGUGAUAAAAUACUUAUACAUUCUGGUACUGGAGGCAUUGGACAAGCAGCUAUACAUCUUGCUCUUAAAGAGGGAUGUCAGGUAUUUACUACAGUGGGCACGAGUGAUAAACGGAAUUUUAUUAGAAAAAUAUUUCCGACUAUUUUGGAUGAACAUAUUGGAAAUUCUCGAGAUACUAGUUUUGAACAAAUGAUAAUGCAGCAGACGAAAGGUCGUGGAGUCGACAUUGUAUUAAAUUCAUUGGCGGAAGAAAAAUUAAUCGCCUCCGUUCGGUGUUUAGCUCACAAUGGUCGAUUCUUAGAGAUUGGCAAAUUCGACCUUGUUUCUAAUAAUCCCCUAGAUAUGUCUGUAUUUCAAAAAGGUAUCAGUUUUCAAGGGAUUAAAGUUGAAAAUAUGAUGAUAAAAAGUAGGGAUUCCAAGUGGAAACGUUUAUUAUUCACAUUGAUCAAAAAUGGUCUAAGUGAUGGAACAAUUAAACCAAUCCAAGCAAAAAUUUUUCCAAAAACAAAUGUUGAAGAAGCUUUUAGAUAUAUGGCGAGCGGAAAACAUAUGGGAAAGAUUAUUAUAAAUAUUCAUGAAAAAGAUGAACCUUUAGAUAAGCACAUUCUCGCGUAUCGUCGCUAUUAUUGUCUCAAAGAUAGGAGUUACAUUAUAUUAGGAGGCCUGGGCGGAUUUGGUUUAGAAUUAACAGACUGGCUUAUAUUUCGUGGUGCCAGAAACAUCGUUCUGAUUUCAAGAAAUGGAAUAAAAAACGGUUAUCAACGCAUGAAAGUUCGACUAUGGAAAUCAUAUGGCGUAAACGUUCUGAUCAUUAAGAAUAUCGAUGUUGCUGACCUCAAAGAUUGCGAAUAUCUUUUACGGACUGCGGAAAAAGAAGCUCCAGUGGACGCUAUAUUCAAUCUCGGUGUGGUACUGAGGGAUGGCAUCUUCAAAAACCAAACUGCAGAAGCAUUUGCAGAAUCCUUCCAAUCGAAGGCUCGUGCAACGCAAAUGUUAGACAAGCUUUCUAGGGAAAUCUGUCUUAAUCUGCGGCAUUUUGUGGUAUUCUCUUCCGUUUCUUGCGGCAGAGGAAACGCUGGUCAGACAAAUUAUGGCAUGGCCAACUCUAUUAUGGAAAGAAUUUGUGAGAAAAGAGCGGAGAAAGGAUUGCCGGGAUUGGCGAUUCAAUGGGGAGCUGUGGGUGACGUGGGGCUCGUCGCUGACAUGAUGGAGGAUGAUAAGGAAUUAAUUAUCGGAGGCACUCUACAGCAAAAAAUAUCUUGCUGUCUCAACGAGCUCGAUAAAUUUUUACUUCAAAGUCGGCCCAUUGUGAGCAGCAUGGUCGUAGCUGAAAAAAAAGUGGGAUGUCACGGAAGUCUGGUAGAAACAGUUGCUAAUAUUUUAAAUAUAAGUGACAUAAAAGUUGUAAGUCCAAAUUCAUCUCUGGCCGAACUCGGAAUGGAUUCUAUGAUGGCCGUAGAAAUCAAACAAACUCUGGAACGAGAAUUUGAUAUAUUUAUCACAGCUCAAGAUACACGAAAUCUCACUUUUGCAAAACUUAUUAAGAUGUCCGUUGCAAGCCUCAGUGAGGAUGAUGCGAAUGAUGAGAAGAAAAUCAACCUAGAAAAAUCAGACGUUAUAAAAAUUUUAGUUGGUAUUACAUUAAAAGAUGAAGAUUUUGUUUUCUCAACAGAUUUUUCGACUAACAGACAGAACACUACGACUGAAGUAUUUCUUAUACCGGGAAUUGACGGAUGUAGUCCUGUAUUUAAAACUAUAAUACCAUAUAUUAAGUUUUCAACAUCGUUGUUGCAUUAUAACGGAAACAACAUUGAUUCUACAAAUGUGAUAACGGAGACUACUAAUCGUCUGACAAACUGCAUACUUCCAAAACUAACAGAAGGAACAAAUUUUGUAAUGGUAGGGUACUCCUUCGGAUCUCUUAUUGCAAUUGAAGUAACAAGGAUAUUAGAAGCUAUGAAUUUUAAAGGCCGACUUAUUCUCAUCGACGGGGCUCCUGAGCUAGCACGAACAAUGUUCAAACCUUUUGAAUUAGAUUUUGAUGAUGCAAAUUUUCAGAUUGAUAUAUUAAUUAAUAUUCUAGAAAUCUAUUCAGCAGGAAGUUCUCAAAAAAUUUUAAUGGAAUUGAAGAAAUGUGAGAGCUGGAAUGAAAGAUUCAAUAUUUUCGCUAAACAAUUCUCAACUAUAUAUCCAUAUCUCUCAUUUGCAAAUUUAAAGACGCUGUGUACAACGAUUUACAAACAUUUAUCCCUUCUUCGGCAAUAUGAUCCUUAUACAUUACCACCUAUUAAGUCUCCCAUAAUAUUGCUAAAAUGUACGCACUCAUCAAAUAUGAUUGCGAUCGAAGAAGAUUUUUGUUUGCAUAAGGUAACUCAAAAUGUGGUAAAAGUACAUUACAUUGAAGGUGAUCAUGUGACAAUCUUGAAAAAUAAAAAAGUAGCAGCUGCUAUUAACGGAGAAUUACCAUUUACAAUUUAAUAUCUUAAUUUAUUAAUAAUUUGAUUUUA